CGACCAGGAGAAAAAAACACGCACAGAUGUAGUCCUUCUAGAGAACUACAGUACGUAUUCAUCUCUUCCGUGUCAACAACCACAAUUCGGCCAACUAUAUAUACUCUACAAUCAAGUAAUACCGAGGAGCUCUUUGGCCGGUGGUAGUUUUGGCCUGAGUUGGUGAUCGGCAUCAUGGAGGUGGUUAUGAACAUUCUCAAGACACCAGUGCCCAGUGGGGUGUCUAUGACCCUGGGCCUGUUCAUGAUCUUCCUGGCUCUGCUGUACUGGUAUGCUACGUUCCCCUAUUCGUCCCUGGCUCAAUGUGGAAUAAGGCACCCCAAACCGUCCCCAUUCUUUGGGAACCUGUUUCUAUUUCGUCAGGGCUUUUUCGGUGUUCACACAGACCUGAUUCACAAGUAUGGGAGAGUAUGUGGAUAUUAUCUAGGCAGGAGGCCCGUGGUGGUGGUAGCUGACCCUGAUAUGCUCAGACAGAUCAUGGUGAAGGACUUCAGCACCUUCCCCAACAGAAUGACAAUCCGUGCCGCUACUAAGCCCAUGAGUGACUGUCUGCUGAUGCUGAGGAACGAGCACUGGAAGAGAGUACGCAGCAUCCUCACCCCCUCCUUCAGCGCAGCCAAGAUGAAAGAGAUGGGUCCUCUGAUCAACACUGCUACUGACACCCUGCUCACCAACCUCAAUUGUCAUGCUGAGUCUGGAGAGAGCUUUGACAUUCACAGGUGUUUUGGCUGUUUCACCAUGGACGUGAUUGCCAGCGUUGCAUUUGGCACUCAGGUGGACUCUCAGAAGGACCCAGAUGACCCGUUCGUCCAUCACGCCCAGAAGUUCUUCUCUUUCUCCUUCUUCACACCCAUCAUGUUCGUCUUCAUUGCGUUUCCAUUCCUGAUUCCUCUGGCCCGUUUCCUCCCCAACAAGAGGAGGGAUGAGAUGAACAACUUCUUCAUCAACUGCAUUCAGAAGAUCAUCAGACAGAGAGAUGAGCAGCCUGUUGAAGAGCGGCGGCGAGACUUCCUACAGCUGAUGCUGGAAACGCGGAGCAGCAAGGAGUGUGUGUCACUGGAGCACUUUGACGUGGUCAACCAUGCAGAUGAGCUGGCCCCCACACACACUCACACAAACCAGCAAGAAAAUGUUGACGUCAGCCAUGAGUCACCCAACAGGCGCUCUGUCCAGACCCAGAAGAGGAUGAUGUCGGAUGAUGAGAUCGUGGGCCAGGCAUUUGUGUUCUUCUUGGCGGGGUAUGAGACCAGUAGCAACACGCUGGCCUUCACCUGCUACCUCCUAGCUCUACACCCAGAGUGUCAGAGCAAACUGCAGGCUGAGGUGGAUGACUUCUUCACCAGAUAUGAUUCACCAGAUUACACCAAUGUCCAGGAGCUGAAAUAUCUUGACAUGGUCAUAUCAGAAGCUCUGCGCCUCUACCCGCCUGGUUUCAGGUUUGCCCGUGAAGUUGACGAGGACUGCAUGGUGAAUGGACAGUUCCUACCCAAGGGAGCCACCCUGGAGAUCCCUGCAGGCUAUCUGCACUAUGAUCCAGAGUACUGGCCCGAGCCAGAGAAGUUCAUCCCUGAGAGAUUCACAGUGGAGGCCAAGGCCAGCAGACACCCGUUUGUGUACCUGCCGUUUGGGGCGGGGCCCCGCAGCUGUGUCGGCAUGAGGCUGGCCCAGCUGGAGAUCAAGAUGGCCCUGGUGCAUGUCUUCAGGAAGUUCAACAUUGUGGCCUGCAUAGAAACCAAGGUUCCUCUGGAGUUGAAGUCUCACACCACUCUCGGACCCAAGAAUGGCAUCUUUGUGACAAUCACUAAAAGAGAGAUAGAGGGAGAACCGGCGACUCCCCCUGCAGGAGAAUAGCUCUGUUCUGUAUCUGCUUUCUAGAACGUAGUGUGAUUUCUAUGAAACAGAUACAUUAUCCAUCCAGUGACUGCUUAUUUUUAGCCUGGUCCCAGAUCUGUUUGUGCUGUCUUGCUAACCUCUAUGGUUAUUGUCACACUUCUGGCACUCCCUUUACAUAAGAGAGUUGGCAAUAAAGCACAAACAGAUAUGAGACCAGGCUAGCAUUAACCUCUUCUUUAACUUAAACAUCUAAAAGUAUUUGGUUAAAUGUACUUAAGUAUCAAAAGUAAAACAUUUCAAAUUCCUCAUAUUAGGCAAACCAGACGGUACCAUUUUUAUUUUAUAAAAAAAAAAAUACAUGGAUAGACAGGGCCACAUUCCAACAUGCAGACAUAAUUUACAAAUGAAGCAUGUGUGUUUAGUGAGUCCGCCAGAUUAGAGGCAGUAGGGAUGACCGUGAAUUGCACUAUUUUCCUGUUCUGCUAAGCUAUCAAAAUGUAACAAGUACUUUUGGGUGUCAGGGAAAAUGUGUGGAGUAAAGUACAUUAUUAAAAGUAAAAGUUGUCAAAAAUAAGUCAAGUACAGAUACCCCCAAAAACUACUUCAGUAGUACUUUUUUACUUAAGUACUUUAUGCAACUGCUUCCAUGGUAAAUUACAAUUUGCACAGAAAAAGUGAGGUUGUGCCAGGGGCAGCUCACCUUUUUAAUCAGCCAAUGUACUGGAUGGAGGUCAAGCCCUCCAAGAGGUCCCUGCCAAUGGUGAUUCUGCAGUACUAGAGAGAGGAGGAGGAGAAGCAUGCUGGGGGAACUGUGAGCUGGUGGGAGGGGGAAGACUGUGGCAAACUUCUUAUAGCAAAAGAACAACGUUCCUUGAAAUCUGUAUAAAUUCAUGUUGAUAUUUGGAUGGACUAUCCCUUUAAGGAUUUGUAUUGUCUCUCCCAACAGCUCUAUGGCUGGAAAGUGAGUCUUUGCAAGCAUCCUCGCAAUUAUCCAUCAUAACAGUGUAGGCAUUGACUAAAUGUUAUAGGACCUCCCCCUCACAGAUUUCCAAAUCUUUCAUCUUUAAAAUGAAGCUAUGAUUUACAUGAAGGUAAUACUAAUAAGAUCACGACUCAAUGAGAGCGGAAAGCAAUAUCAGCUCACUCCAUUUCUCAUUUCCUCUUUAAGUUGAAAAGCUCUGAUGUUACUGUGUAUGAUUUCUUUAAGCUUGACUGUAUAGACUUUAAACCAAUGGGAUGGUUUUAACUGUGUUGAUUUGGAGUGUUGCUCUGCAAUUUGAUGUUACAUAUUCAUUAAAUGUGAAAUUAAUCAUCAAAAUCAGGCAAAGAUGUUAUCAAUAUACAUUCUGAAAUAUUCCAUUUGAAUUGAAAGGAAUAAUGAUGACAUGCUAUAAGAGUAAACACAAUGGUGAAAUGGAAAAAAAUCUCUCCCAAUCAUUCAGAAUGUGUGUAACAUUUAAUAGUUCAUGUUUAAUCUAUUUAGCGUCUGAUUUCUUGAAUAUUGUCAAUGAGGAAGAAACGGAGUAAAAGAGACAUUUUAUUGCAGUGUAACAAUUUAGAUCAUUGUAAAGAUAAAUAUUAAGUUGAUAGUGUACAUAAGAAAAGAGCAUAACAGGACUGUAACAAGAGGUAUUCAGUGCUCAGCUUAAGAAGUUGAUAUUUCACAUUACUACACGUUUAAGUUUGACACUGUACAACAUUUUAAAAACAUAUCCACAAGGAAUAAGUUGUAGCUUUCACCUACCUAAGAUAUCAAAUAUACAAUGAUGUCUCUGAUGUAAGAAUUUCCAUGUGUACAUAAAUGUCGAAGACCCGAUGACCAUUAAAUCAAAUAAAAACCUACCCGUGCUCUAGCGGUUACAGGGGUGUAGACCCUGGCACACAUAUACUGUGUGGGCAUGGGUUCAAAUCUGACCCAGUGCCCUUCUGACUCA